UGGUGGGGUCCACCCAGCCGGAUCUUGCAGCCACCGUGGGGGUGUGGGCCAGGGAUCCCAGCUGCCUGUGGACCCAUUUGCUCUCCCUUGCAGCUCCCCACUGUGGGGUGCCUGCGGAGCGGUAACCAGGGGUGAGCACCCUGUCCCAGCGCUUGGGGCCCCAAACUGCAAGGACCUUGGUUGGGUACCAGCAGCCAGGGCAGUCAAAGCCCCCUUUCCGGCCUCCUCUCCUCUUCCCACCCUUGCCCCUCAGGGUGGACGCAUGGGGGCCCGGGGAGGCUCUGCCACUAUGGUAGUGUCCCACCUGGGGUGCCAGGGGGCAGCCACCAGGGUGCCCUGGCUGUCACCACCCAACAGCAGGACGCAGUGACUCCCAAGGAGACUGGCUGAAAACCUCUGACCCCGCCCCUCGUCUGCUCUCCUGUGGGGGCUGCGGGUGAGGGGGGAGUUCUGGGCUUGCCUCCCCAGGUUUGAAUCUGACUCGCCAGCCACGUGGCCCUGGCCUACAGGGACAACUGCCCCAGACGGAGGGCGUUUCCAGGAUGGGGGCAUUAAUGCUAAGCCAGGGGCAUCCCAGGCAAACGGGGGUGGGUCCCCUCCCUCAGUCCCAGCAGCUCACCGUGUGAUCAGGAAUGUCCUCCGGGCUGUGGGGUGUGUGAGGAACCGGGGCUUCACACCAGGGAAAGGCUGAGCACACCAGCUAGAGCUCUGUUUGUUCCGGUGGCUCAGCCACCCCAUGUCCCCAGCCAGCCUCUAGGAUGCCUGGAGGGGUGUCUCCGGCCCCCACCCCAGGGCCCCUGAGCUGGGGAGGGGACAACAGACCACAGCACGCCCACCUGCCUCAGGAGACCCACCGUGGCCUGAGCAGAGCCUGAACUGCAGAAAUGCCCCAAGGUCAUGCUGACCUCCGACAGUGCCCCCUGAAGCCCUUCCUACCCUCUGGCUUCAGUUUCCCCACCAACACCUGAAGGGGUUUGGGGACUUUUCCUGGGAGACUGAUGAAGGGUGGGACACCGGAGGGGCAGCAGCGGGGGUGAGGGCUGUGGGGGAGGUGCCCUGGGCCCCGGCCCUGAUCCACUCCCCUAAGCUGACAGAGCGUCUGUGCCUUCGCCGCACCCGCUAAGUCGCCAAAGCCCAAUCUCUCCUGCAGCCUCUUACCCCCCCAGGGCCAAUUAGCUAAUUGAGGCCUGAGGACAGAGCAACUCCUUAGUAUUUUAGAGUGAUGAAGCAAUUAGGAGAAUUAUCUCCCCACAAGCCACAGGCCUCUCACCCCGGACCUUGGAGGCCCAGCCCACCUUGUGACAGAAGCACCGGCUGCCCCUCAGGCCUGGGCUCGGUGUCAGGGGCCCCCCCUCCUGGGCUGGUGGCCACAGCGGGCCCCUCCACCAAGGCCAUUGGCCCUCAAGUCGGACCAGACCCUGCAGGACUCUCUCUCCUUCCAAAGCGGCUUUCCGGAAGUUUCUACCUCCUGUCACACUUGCAUCCCGCCCACCCAGGGGCUUGGGUCUCCCUCCUGUCCUCAGUGUCAUUAAAUCCUGCGGACCUUGUCCCCUCCCUCCCCCAGCCCCCUCUCCUCUUAGGUUUCAGGGCACCUCUGCCCGAGACCCCCAGGCUCCUUGGAAAUUGCUGGGAAGGGCGUUUGGCAGACCAAUCUCAGGGGCUUCACCUAGAACCCACUCCAGCUCUGCGACAACCCAUCAUCCACUUGUCCCCGUAACAGGGGCCUGGGUAUUGCCUGCUCCUCCUCUGUCCCCAGACUUUCUCCUCUGGACUUGUUCUCUUGUCCCCUGGCCCUUGUCCUGACCAGGCCUCUAGCCUCCUCCUGCCUUUCAUCUGUGUCACCUCUGUCCCUCCCCUGCUCUACAACCUCCCAUGGCUCCCCAGUACCCUCCUUCACAUCGCUGUGUCCAGAAUUUGCAGCCUUGCACUCCAUCCCUCGUUCUGAUUAUUUUCCUUAAAAGAGCAACCCACCCCAUGUACCCCCUUCCCUCCCCUGUUUAUCACUAGCCUUAUGACCACUUGACAGACUCUUACCUUUUAUUUGCUGAUUAUUUGUCUCCCCGCUAGGAUGUCAACUUCAAGAUUUGUGUCUGUUUUCUUCACUGCUAUUGAUAGUACCUGGUACACAGUAGGUGCUUAAUAAGUAUUUAUUAAAUGAAUGGAGGAAACAUGAACUUCUAUUAAUGCCUUGAAACCCAGCUAAGAGGCCCCCUACUCCCUGCCUUGCUCGGUGUACAGGAGAGCCAACUGGAAUUGCUUUAAUCUCUUGGGCCUCAGCUUCCCCAACCUCCACUGACAUUUGCAGGUAUUAGCGGGACUUUUUUCUGGUCCCAACUGAUAGAAACAGUAAGUGGACAUACACUGAGCACCUGCUGUAUGCCGAUCACCGCUAUGCUCUUUCAGCACCUCACCGAGUUCCUCUGAGAGCCUCAUGGGGUAAGUCCUCAUGUUUCCCUUUUAUAGCUAGGGAAACUGAGGCCCAGAGCAGGGGAGGCCCACCGAGGCCAGUGGUCACUCCCCCAACAUCCCCCUCUGGUGCCUCAGCUCCCAGCUGCCCUGCCCGCCCUCAGCAGCUCAGAGCAGCCAGCGCCCGGCCGAGGGGCCACCUCAACUAAUCACCUCGUGCUAAUCCUCCCCCGCCCUGACCCACAACCUCUUCGGGUCUGGCAGGGCCAGGCCAGCAGCAGAUGUGGUGCUGGGCCCACUGGGGCAGGAGCCUGUGGAUACAGGGCUCACUGGAGGUGGUGAGUGCUAGGCAGGUGGGCAUGGCUGGGAGCUGGGGGCUGCAGGGAGGCCCCCGGGGUGGAGGACUUGGGGAUAAGGCAUUCUGUGGGGGCAGCAUCCCAGCCUCCUGUCUUCCUGGUGUUCCUCGCCACACAGAGAGGUGGACAGACAGGAAAACAAAGACAGAGGUGUAGGGGCACAGAGGCACUCGGAGAGCUUGAGAGAGAGAGAGAAAGCAGAGCUGGGGGGGCGAGACACAGAAAAUACAGAAGUGGAGGCAAACAGUGGGUGAGAUCACCGAGACUGAAACAGAGAGCCGGGGCGGGGGCAGAGUGAAGGUUAAGACCCUCCACAUCUCGCCCACACCCAGCUGGCGCCACGGGCUCCCCUGUCCCCCCAGCGGGCCGUCCCUCCUGCUGUCUCACCACCAUCUGUCCUGGUGCCAUCCUGCCAGGUGGGGGCAAGGAGGAGCCAUGUUCCUGAGCCCAGGCGAGGGGCCAGUGGCCGAGGGCAGGGGGCCAGGCCCAGGCGAGGAGGCCCCCAAGAAGAAGCACCGGAGGAACCGCACGACCUUCACCACGUACCAGCUGCACCAGCUGGAGAGGGCGUUUGAGGCCUCCCACUACCCAGAUGUUUACAGCCGCGAGGAACUGGCAGCCAAGGUGCACCUGCCCGAGGUCCGCGUGCAGGUGUGGUUCCAGAACCGCCGGGCCAAGUGGCGCCGCCAGGAGCGUCUGGAGUCAGGCCCUGGGGCUGUGGCAGCCCCGAGGCUCCCCGAGGCCCCAGCCCUGCCAUUUGCCCGCCCUCCAGCCAUGCCACUGCCCCUGGAACCGUGGCUGGGCCCCGGGCCCCCGGCCAUGCCAGGCCACCCGUGCCUCCUGGGCCCGGGCCUGGGGCUUCAGGCGUCCUUCAGUCCCCAUACCUUUGGUCCUGCCUUCGUGGAUGGCUUCACCCUGGAGGAGGCAUCCCUGCGGCUGCUGGCCAAGGAGCACGCACAGGCUCUGGACAGGGCCUGGCCGCCGGCGUGAGCCUGGUGCCUGCGUGCCCUACCCCACCUCCUUGGCCUGUCCCUGGCCACCCGGGCUGGGUCCCCCUGCCUCCUCACCCUGCCUUACGGGGAGACUGGUGUCCGGUCUCGGCAAGGAGGGCCGAGGGAUUCCCAGGCCAGGAGGUGGGGCCCGGCCCCAGUGGAGUCUGUACUCCUCUCGGGGCCUCAGUCUCCCCAUGUCAAGCGGGCUUGGGCGGGUGGAUCCCCAGCUCCGGGACCGUAAGGCUACGGCCAUCAGGAGCCGCUGGAUCAUCCUGAGUCCGUAAGUCUAAGUCCCUUGCCAGCUCCUAAUUUUCACCAGCAGAGCCACUGGCUCUCAAGGCUCCCCCUGUCCUGGAAGUGACAGGUGACAGUGGCAGAUCAUGGCCAGCUGGCUUCCUUUCACUGGGGUCCAUCCUGUGCCCACAGCUUUGCCCAUCGACAGCCCCGCGAGUGGUCACAGCCAUCAGCCCCCCUACAGGGGGAGAAGCAGGCCCGGAGAGGCCAAGCCAGUCUCCCAGCGGGUGGGGCUAUUUCUCAACUCACUGCCCGACUCCGUCACCCCAGGAGCUCCAGGGGGUCCCCGGAUGGCAGACGGACUGACACUGGACAAACGUUGUCAGUCCGUGCUCCCUCUGUGCAUCGUUGUGCAGCCAUGUCCCCACUGCCCACAGACCCUGGCAGGUCUCCCAGCCCAGGGCGGCAAGGCCACCGUUUGUUCUGUCCAACCCAAGCACGUCUCCGCACGGCUCCUCAAGGCGUGAUGGCUGCCCUUCCCGGGGCCCAGCUGGAUUCUGGGACACAGAAGAUGUCAGGGGGCAAGGAAUGGGAUAUGAUGGUAUCCAGGGCCAGCCUGGUGUCAGCGUGAUGAGGCGCCUCCCUGUGGGACCUGGCAGCCUGGGUCAGACAGGCGUGUGAAGGGGGGUGUCAAGGGCUGAAGCCGCAAGUGGUCAGCACCCUGCCCCUCAGGGUUCCAUCCGCAAAGUGACCACAGACUCACACCAGAUCCGCACCUUAACAGGGUGCUCACACCAGAUCUGCACCUUAACUGGGCGCACAGCCUGCACCUGGCACCGCGCACGAGCCCUAUGGCUGGUGUCCUGUUCACAGUGCAGCAGCCAGGACAGCCCAUGGGUGGGUUUGCCCACCCACCCAUCCACCUGUGCAUCCAUCUUCCGUCCAGCAUGCCGUGGGGUCAUGACAGGCAAACAUCCCUGCCGUAAUGGAGCCGCUGCUUGGUGGGGGAGCAAGGAAACAGGUUCACUAAAUAGACUAAACUAAACGCCAGUUAGUAGUUAAGUGCUUGGGAGAAAAUAAAACCAGAAAGGGCCAUCUGGAGUGCGUCUCAGGGUUGUUAAUAUCGCCAUGGAGGUGACAUCAGAGCAGAACCCUGCAGGAGGGGCAACCGGGAGCCACGCGACACAGGCAGAGGGAACAGCAUGUGCAAAGUCCCGGGGCAGGACUUGUGCCUGGCAUGUGGGAGGAACAGCGAGGAAGCCCAUGUGGCAGGAGCAGAGCAAGCAAGGUGACUGCAAGGGGGAGACAGCGGGCAGAUCUGGCAGGGUCUGUGGCUGUUACAUCUUCGGUUUUUACCAAGGGCCAAGGGGAUCUGUGGGAGGGUCGGGACCCUCUGCCCACUCAGGG